AUGCGAGGACGCAUCCGGACACGCGAUUCAUCUCCAUCGCCGAGCCAUGUCCUCCGCAGCUCUGCUUCCACCAUGACGACAACCACGUCAGCGUCCUCGAGAGCAGCGACCCCAGCCGCGACUGCAGCACAGGCUCCGCCUCCGCCUCCUAAAAGUUCAAAUUGUAACAGUAGUAGCACUGAUGAUGAUGAUAACGAUUAUGACGCCGGCCGCGACGUGAUGGCCCCUCCGCCGCGCGCUGCGCUGUCCGGCUCGGCCAAACCCAGCGCAAGCAAGACGCCAAGCCCAAAUCCACAACGCAACGGCAGCCCCGGCUCCUCGGGUCGAACCCCUCCGCCGCCGCCACCUCCCACCCGCACAAGCAAAGCUACAUCCCCGGACAACGAGCAGCAGCAGCAGCAGCAGCAGCAGCUCCUCAGGGAAAAGGACCAGCGCAUCGCGGCACUGGAGCGUGAGCUGGACAGCCUGUCGCACAACGAGAGCGAGCGGGCGGCGUUUUGGCAGUUGCAGCACAGCAACCUGCACCAACAGUUCCUGCGCACCGACACAGAGCUGCGGCUGUUGCGUGCCGAGGUGGACUUGCGCGCCACCGAGCGCGACGGGCUUCGACAGGACUGGGACGCCGCCCGCCGGGACCUGGCCGCGCGCGAGUCCGAGAUCGUCGACCUCCGCGGCCAGGUGAGGGGCUUAAAGGAGUGGCUGGCCAACAGCACCCGGUCCGUGUACGGCGGCGGUAGCGGCGACGUCCCGGCCGAUGACGUCUUUGCAGAUGGGUUCUCUCGCCUGUACAAUGGUUUGCAGAACUGGAUCAUCAGCAACUUUCGGAGGACAAAACUUGACCUCUCACGUGCGGAUGCGGAUAUACUUGAGGAGCUGAGCUCUCUGGUUCCGACGUACGGGGAACUUGCCAAGGAUGCAAAGCUGCCGCUGUUGCAGUCGCUCGUCUCCAAGAUACUAGUAGAGAUGAUUUUCGACAGCUAUUUCGUGGGCUUGAGCAAUGACCAGGCCAAGCAGUUUUCCCAAAUGGAAGCAUUGAUGGUAUCGUUCGUUGAAGAUCCGGAGCUGGCCAACCAAUGGCGAGCUUCAACACUUACAUUGCUGUCGAGAAACGCAUCUCAAAAGUUGCAAGAAGGAACAGCCAACACGACUAAUGCUGUAAUCACACGAAUAUACCGUCUUCUAUCAGGUAUAAUAGCAGACCAGCCCACAACAACGACGACGACAGCAGCAGCAGCAGCAGCGGCUCAGAACACCGCCCUGCGCGGCCCAUCCCCGGCCCCCCUGGACCCCGCAGCCCGGGAAGCCUCGCUCCGCCAACUAAUCACCACAGCCAUCGACCUGGCGCGUCAGUUAUCGGUCCAGCGGGCCCUCUUUCGCGUGUUUUUGCCCACCGCAUCCGCGGCCAAUGCGGACCUGCAGACCACAUUCAACCCGUCGCGGAUGGAGGACGUGGGCGGUCUGCUGGAUGAGGACGCGCUGGCGGCGGGGCCUGCGGUGCGGUGCGCCAUGUUUCCCGGGGUAGUCAAACGUGGCGACGAGAACGGCGGGAAUCUGCAGCAGUAUGAAAACGUCAUCUCCAAAGCCAGAGUGUUGUGCUACCACCCAGAGGACUAA